AUGUCACUCCCAUCCGACUUCACCAACGAAAUUAACGCACUCUCCCGCCAAGUCCUGAAAGAGCAGCCCAAGGACAUCCUCCAAUACUGCGCCAACUUCUUCCACCGACGCCUAGAGUCGCAGCGCGCAGAGUUCCUCCUCUCGCAGCGGCAUUCCAGGCAACCGGGAAUGGCCGAAAGCAACUUCCCGGGCUCCAAUCCCUUCGGUACGACGUCAACAGCACAGAACCAGCAGCAAGGCGCCGGCGGCAUGCAUUCCGUUGCCGAGGAAGAAGAACACGACUUUCAAUCGCCCACCGCCUCCUCCUUCCCACCACACGUCCGCGACACCUCCCCAGGAUCCUCCGCCAACGCCAACACCGCACCAGGAGGCACAUUGGGUAACUUUGGCUUCGGCGCUUCCAACGAUUCUCGCUCGAACGCACUAGGUGCAGCCGGCAGCAUGGAGCAGCCACAGUCUUUUCCAAACAACUACAACAUGGGCCGCCGUACAUCUGUCUCAGCUGAGUCGCUAGCCCCAGCAUCAGCAGACGACAACAACUGGAAGGCACCCGUCUACCCCAAGACACAAGAGCAGGUUGAUCGCCUCCGCGAGGCCGUGUCUCACAACUUUCUGUUCUCCCACCUUGACGACGAGCAGUCAUCGCAAGUACUCGAUGCCCUUCAAGAGAGGAAGAUACCUGCGAAGGAUGUUCGUGUCAUCGUGCAAGGCGAUGCCGGCGACUUCUUCUACGUUGUGGAACAAGGCAGCUUCGACAUUUACGUUUCGAAGACGGGCAAGGUGGAGGCAGGUCCAGACGGCAUGGGCUCGAAGGUGGCAGUCUCAGGCCCAGGCACAUCAUUCGGUGAGCUGGCCUUGAUGUACAAUGCUCCUCGUGCGGCCACAGUAGUCAGCACUGAGCCCAGCACGCUUUGGCAGCUCGAUCGCAUCACCUUCCGCCGCAUUCUCAUGGACUCCGCCUUCCAGCGCCGCCGUAUGUACGAGUCGUUCUUGGAAGAGGUACCCCUCCUCAAGGGGUUGACACCAUACGAGCGCAGCAAGAUUGCAGAUGCCCUCGAAAGCACAAAAUACCCAGCUGGCAGCGAGAUCAUCAGAGAGGGUGAUGUGGGAGACAGAUUCUUCAUCCUGGAGUCCGGCGAGGCAUACGCAGCGAAGCGUGGUCAGGAGAACAGACCAUUGAAGACUUACAAACAUGGCGACUACUUUGGUGAGCUGGCUUUGCUGGAGGACAGACCACGUGCCGCGAGCGUGCUGAGCAAGACGGAGGUUAAGGUGGCUACACUUGAGAAGGACGGCUUCCAGAGACUUCUUGGACCAGUUGAGAGCAUCAUGCGUCGCGACGAUCCACGCAACCAGGGCUCAAGCUAA